AUGAAGAUCAAAACUAUCUCAAGAUCUUCCGAUACGUAUAUACCGGUGCGCAAUACGCAACAAAAUGCGAUUCCAAGAAACUUGAACCCUGCUUUGCAUCCCUUUGAAAGGGGUAGGGAGUACACAAGGGCAUUGAAUGCUACCAAACUUGAACGAUUAUUUGCCCAGCCAUUCAUUGGACAGAUGGGUAAAGGUCAUAGAGAUGGUGUCUAUUCUUUGGCAAAGAACUUUAAAAGCGUCAGUAAGAUUGCUACGGGUUCUGGUGAUGGUAUCAUCAAGUACUGGGAUAUCACUUCUAGAGAUGAACUAUACAGUUUUAAGGCACAUUAUGGUAUGGUAACUGGAUUGGUGGUGACUCCAGAUAACAAGAUGUUAUCGUGUGGUUCUGAUAAAACUAUCAAGUUGUGGGAUGUUAAUGACGAGACUAGUUAUGGACAGGAUUAUGAUGUUGAUUCCGAAACUGAGACCAGCGAGAAAGGUUUGGUGAAGACAUUUUUGUCAGAGUUUGCGCUACAAUCCUUGGAUCAUCACCGAGACGAGCACCUAUUCGUCACUGGAGGAGCAGAGAUUAAUUUAUGGGAUAGCAGCAGAAGUCGUCCAAUCUCUAAUCUAUCUUGGGGUGCGGAUAACGUAACAGCGGUGAAAUUCAAUAUGACAGAGACCAGUGUCAUUGCCAGUGCAGGUUCUGAUAACUCACUUAUAUUGUACGAUACAAGGACGAACUCACCUACACAGAAAAUCAAAACAAGAAUGAGGAACAACGCCAUCUCCUGGAAUCCUAUGGAGGCAUAUAUGUUUGCUACAGCAAAUGAAGACAACAAUGCCUAUCUAUGGGAUAUGAGGAAAAUGGAUCACGCAUCGAAUGUGUAUCAGGAUCAUGUGGCUGCGGUUAUGGAUGUUGAUUUCGCUCCUACGGGACAAGAAGUGGUAACGGGAUCGUACGAUAAGACAAUAAGAAUAUUUGGCAACAGAAAGGGGCAUUCCAGAGACGUCUACCACACUAAGAGAAUGCAACGUGUUUUCAUCACUAAGUUUUCAAUGGAUUCCAAGUACAUAUUUACAGGAUCCGAUGAUGGUAAUGUGAGAGUGUGGAGAACUAAAGCCAACGAAAGAUCCGCACCGAAGUCCACUAGAGAGAGAAAUAAGUUGGAAUACGAUGAAAAACUUAAGGAAAGAUAUGCCAGUAUGCCCGAAAUCCGGAGAAUCAAAAGACAUAGACAUCUACCAGGUGUUGUCAAGAAAUCUCAAGAGAUUAAGAGGAUCGGUAUUGAUAGUUUGAAGAGAAAGGAGGAAAACGAGAGAACACACUCGAAGCCGGGCAGUAAGCCUUAUAGAAGUGAACGAGAGAAGCCUGUGGUUGGACAGGUUCAUAAGCAGUAG